AUGGACGUUUUGGGCUCUUUCUUGCCGCUGAGCUCCAGCUCCGUGUUGGGCUCCGCGCUGGUGCUUCUCGUCGCCUAUGCGGCCUGGUCGUCGGCCUCCAGGUCUUCGGAGCCCCGGCGGGAGGAGCCUCCGGGUCCCAGGCCGCUGCCGCUGCUCGGGAACUUACUCCAGCUCAACCUGCACAAACCGCAUAGGACCCUACUGGAGAUGUGGAAGAAGUACGGUCCAGUGUUCACCUUCCGCAUGGGCCCCAAUACGGUGGUGGUUCUGGCCGGUUACAAGACAGUCAAGGAGGCCCUGGUCGAGUACGCCGAAGAGUUCGGAGAACGGGAACCAAUAAAAACGGCUAAGGAGGUCAAGCUGUCGCACGGCGUCCUGUGGAACAACGGAGACUCGUGGAAGGAGAUGCGUCGCUUCGCUUUGAGCAACCUCAGAGACUUUGGGAUGGGCAAGAAGGCGUGCGAGGACAAGAUCCUGGAGGAAUGUCAGCACCUCUUGGAUGUCUUCAAGAAUUUCAGAGGUGACUUUAUCAGCUCCACGUACGUUCCAGUGUCCAAAUUGAUGAUGUCGGUUCCGGUGUCAGGCGAAGCGUUCGACACGCAGCAGCCGAUCAACUACGCCGUGUCCAACAUCAUCUGCUCGCUGGUGUUUGGCAGCAGGUUCCGCUACGACGACCCCGCCUUCACAGCCAGGGUGGAGCGCACCAGCAGAAGCAUCCAGCUCUUCGGCAGUCCGUCCAUGCAGCUUUACAACAUGUUCCCGUGGCUCGGUCAUUGGUUCUACUCAGGAAGCAGGGAGCUCCGCAGUCUGGCGAUGGCCAACCGGAAGCAGGCCACGGAACUGAUCCAGGGUCUGAAGGAGACUCUCGACCCGCAGAGCAGCCGAGGCUUUGUGGAUGCCUUCCUCAUCCGACAGCAGCAGCAGGAGGACUCUGGGGACGUGGGUCACUUCCACAAUACCAACCUUCUGAUGACCGUCUCCAACCUGUUUAGUGCCGGCACGGAAACCACCUCCACCACGCUUAGAUGGGCGCUCCUCCUCAUGGCAAAGUAUCCCCACGUACAAGAGAAGGUCCAGGAUGAGCUGAGGCAGGUGAUCGGGGGUCGUCAGGUGCAAGUGGAGGACCGCAAGAACUUGCCCUUCACCAACGCCGUCAUCCACGAGACGCAGAGGCUGGGCGACAUCAUUCCCAUGUCGCUCCCGCACCGGACCAGCCGGGACGUCACCUUCCGAGGUUACUUCAUCAAGAAGGGCACGAUCGUGUACCCCCUGCUGACGUCGGUCCUCCACGACGAGAGCGAAUGGGAGAAGCCCACUUCCUUCCAUCCUCAACAUUUCCUGGACAAGGACGGAAAGUUCGUCAAGCCCGACGCCUUCAUGCCUUUCUCGGCAGGUCGCAGGGUUUGCCUGGGAGAGAGCCUGGCUCGCAUGGAGCUCUUCCUCUUUUUCGUCACGCUGCUGCAGCAUUUUUGCUUCCGGCCUCCCCCGGGGGUCUCGGAGGACCAGCUGGACCUGACCCCCCAGGUGGGCGGCACGCUCAGCCCCGCCCCCCACAAGCUUCGCGCCGUCGCUAUUAUUUCAACGACCGAAUUGAACUGAAUUGGACGAUUUCCGCUCAUGUAAAUGAUCCAUCUUUACUAUGACUCGAAUUUAAUUCUUUACUUUUACAACUUCAUUUGUCCUGGAAUCAAAAAUCCAUAAAUCCAAUCACAUGCGGGUUCAAAGAUCACUUGUUGUGUUAUUUGCGUUAAACAUUAAACACGAGCUGAGCGCCGGAGAUUCGGUUGCUGACAUUUAUCGAAAGAAUAACGAACACACACUCUCAGAAUAAAUAAUAAAAGGAG